GGGGUCUUCAACUUAAGAGGCCGUUUCCCGUCAUUCCGCAGUCCCGCAAUGGAUAUGAGCGAUUUCGAGGACAUGUUGUUUAGCGACUUUGACCUGCAAAACGCUCCUGAUGAUGCAUUGUCGGAGGACACUGAUGAUGAGCUACUGUUCGCUACUUCCAGAGAAGAGACUCUGCUGUGGGGUAUAUCGAACAGUUCAGACUCGACACUUCCGACCGCCAGUACUACCCUGGAUUCUCAGGAGGAACGCCAGCACUAUCAAAUUAAUCUUACCCAAAGACCGAUACGCGACAGACACUGGGUGAUCGCUUGCAUUGAAGCAAUGCUAGAGACGAUUGUGGACGCUCUGCUAGAAGAGCACGAAGCGCUCACUAUUACUCUGAAGUCGCGCGCGGCCCUAUCUCGCAGACGGACUUCUGUUAUAUCAGAUGGUAGAGCGAUGAUUCCGGAACCCAAAGAACGGGAAAUUAACUUCCCUGGAGCAAAUGCGCAAGAGGCAUGGAAUUUUACUGUGCUGCUUCGCAUCCUGGAACUUAUCCAUUCUGGCCUCAUCGCGGACACCGUAAUGACGAAGAGAGAUAUUUAUUACCGACAUCCAGACCUCUUCAUUAAGCAGUCAGUCGUUGAUCGAUAUGUCGAUGACUUGGCUUGUACCUUUGGCAUCACCCGAUCCCAAUUGAAUGUGAUUGCUGCCGCAAAAGGUUUACUAGCUGGCAACUUCAGAUUAAUCCGACAUGACGGUCAUGUUGUGAACGGCAUGAGCGAGGAGGGUAUUAUCGUUCCCAAUUUGAGUGCGAGCGACAGUUUAGAUCUGACAGAAGUACAAUGGGUUCUUAUCAUCGAGAAGGAGGCCACUUUCAGAUCCUUGCAGAGCUCACCACAGUGGCAGACGUUGGGUUCGAAAGGACUUGUAUUGACUGCAAAGGGAUAUCCCGACAUUGCCUCACGAAAAUUGUUGAAUCAUAUAGCGGAAGACGCCCCGCAAAUCCCCAUGUACGCUCUUGUGGAUCUUGAUCCUGACGGUAUCGCCAUCCUGUCGACGUACAAGUAUGGCUCGUAUCGCCUUGCUCAUGAGAACGUCGCACCCAUUGAUACGACUGCGCCGGGUUUGCCCAGCAUCCGCUGGCUUGGUUUAAAGAGUCACCACAUGAGCCGGACUCCGGUAGGCGAAGAGCACACAGACACCAGUGCAAUCACUCGACUCCAAGGACUGAUGCGACUGACAGCGCGCGACCGUACUAAAGCAGCACGAAUGCUGGAGUGGAACUUAUGCAGUGAUGAAGGCCCUGAGCAAGGUUGGAGGCAGGAGCUGCAGACAAUGCUGAUGCUCAACAUCAAGGCUGAGAUGCAGAUAUUGAACGAAGCGCUCGGUGGGCUGGUGUCCUGGUUGAGCCACGAGCUUGGGCAGGCAAAGGAACUGCGGCAAUGCAUUGACCUGCAGCUACAGAAGACAGAAUCCACAAUGUCCGGCAUGUCUAAUGACCCGCGCGUUCCCUUCCAGGCGCCAUGGGUCCCGCCCAGCUCUGCCCCUCAGACCAGCCAUGAGCAACAUGGCUCAGGUACCGCCGAGUCGAACUCAAUCCUACAGCCAUUGACGCCUACAGCGACGGCCAGACAGUCGGUACCCUUGGGCGUCUUCUCGACCCUCUUGGGCAACAACACCACGUCUACACUUAGUGCCCAGCCUAUACUGUCGAGCGAACCUGUCCUCGCCCACACGCAACCACUAGAUGCACCAGAAGGCACCUCUGACCUGACAGCGAGCUCGGGCUCAGUGCCCAGUGCAACCACUACCCUGACCAACACAAUCCCACCGACCCAGUCUGCUGCAUUGCGCGCUCUGAACGCACCUGCCUUCCACUCGUCGCCCUCUAAGAGCAAGUCGGCAAAGUCCACUUCUAGUCGGACAACCGUCACUAGCCAGCCCGUCGUAGUACGCACAUACUCGGCGUCGCGACACGCUUCGCGCCCUGGCUCCGGCUUCAACACGCCACGCUCGUUUGCCAUGAACGGUCAGAAUCAUGCUUCAGCCCUGUCGGCCGGUCUGGCAGGCAGGACCGAGCAACUACCUUCCGCUGACGAAUUCUCCUUCUCGGCCAUCCUUCGUGCCGUUGAUCCCGAGAUCAGAGAUGCCAUUGAUGCCAUAGCCGAGAUCUGCGCCAGAAGCAGAAUGAGUCUAGCUGACGAGUACGACUCUCAUCUACCACCACAGGGAGAAAUAACUGGUGGCGGUUCGGCAUGGGCUACCAGCACAGGAGCCUUGGCGGGACGAGGUCGUCUAAAUAGAAUCAGUCAAGGGUGGACUGCUGCAGACAACACGCUCAUGGCUGUGCCUGAAGCAAGCAGCUCCAGCGAAAGGUUGGCGCAAGAUGGUAGGGCGGAGAGUAGUAAGAAACGUAGUCAGUCAGCAUAUGGCAGCCUGAAGAGUGUCAUUAGUGGUGGUAGUGGCAAGAGAAAGGCCAUAGAUGGCGACACUUUCCGGGAGCAAGAGGCUGGCAGCUCGAAACAGCUUCAAACUCAAGACACAGGUCCGACUUGGGCGGUCCAAGCCUCCACCUCUUCUUCGCAUCCAGCCAUCACCAUUGCCGCACCUACAGCAUCGAAGCACCUUUCCCUAGAUACUUCAUCGGCGAUGCAGGACAUCGUCAGGGAUACCGAUGGAUCGUUGAGUGCUCGGCCCCAGACUGCUACACCCCGAAGAACUCCUUCACACCAACGUGGGGCGUCUAUGCGUAGUCUUCAAGCAUCACGAGCGCACUCCGGCGCCUUGGGCUCUAUCAAAUCUUGGCUGCCAUGGCUCCGACCAUCGCGUCUCGAUCACAACAGCCGAUCAGAGUUAGCAAAAGCCGAAGAUCGACUAAGGGAUAUGUUGAUAUCUUCUUCCCAAACCCUCGGGAAAAGUAAAGGAACAGUCCGCGUCAUUUGA